GUGCGGGCGUGUCCUCUCUUCCACCUUCCCCCUGAGCCGCUCGCUUCCUACUUCCGGUUUUGCAGGAAGGAAGGUGCGGGGGAGCUGGUCUGCGGCUGUGUGUUCAGGUAUAAAUCUUCCCCUCUACAUUGCCAGGAAUGAUGGUAUCUAAGCAGGCCUUUAUGUUCAGCUUGGGCUCCCUCUAUCUGUCCCUUCUAUUUGUCUUCCUUCUCAUGGACGUCUAUGCCAGGCCUGCAAACAAUUCGUCCAUAAAGGAAAAACCCCUGGACAGCAAAAACGAGAAUGAGAUACUGCCCCCCGACCAUCUGAACGGGGUGAAGAUGGAAAUGGACGGCCAUUUGAACAGGGAUUUCCAUCAAGAGGUGUUCCUGGGCACAGACGACUUCAAUGAAGACUCAGAGCCAAGCAGGAAUAGGAGGAAACUCGCCGUUAUCUUUUCUAAGGUGGACGUGAACAAAGACAACCAAAUUAGUGCACAGGAGAUGCAGCAAUGGAUCAUGGAUAAGACCGAAGAGCAUUUUAAGGAGGCCGUGAAGGAGAAUAAGCUUCACUUCCAGGCUGUGGAUCCAGAUGGGGAUGGACAUGUGUCUUGGGAUGAGUAUAAGAUCAAGUUUCUCGCCAGCAAGGGUUUCAAUGAAGAAGAGGUUGCAGAAAAGGUGAAGAACAAUGAGGAAUUGAAGAUUGAUGAAGAGACACAAGAAGUCCUAGAAAACCUCAAGGACCGUUGGUUCCAAGCAGAUAAUCCACCAGCUGAUCAAGUCUUGAAUGAACAGGAAUUUCUGGCUUUUUUGCACCCGGAGCAUAGCCGAGGAAUGCUCAAAUUCAUGGUGAAAGAAAUCGUCCGGGACCUAGAUCAGGACGGCGAUAAGAAGCUCACCCUCUCAGAGUUCAUUUCUCUACCUGUGGGCACAGUUGAGAACCAGCAGGCCCAAGAUAUCGAUGACGAUUGGGUGCGGGAAAGAAAGAAGGAGUUUGAAGACGUGAUUGAUACCGACCAUGAUCACAUUGUCACCAUAGAUGAACUGGAGGCAUACAUGGACCCAAUGAAUGAAUACAAUGCUUUGAAUGAAGCCAAACAGAUGAUCGCUGUAGCAGAUGAAAAUCAAGACCACCUCCUGGCUCUAGAGGAAAUCCUGAAGUACAGCGAGUAUUUUACAGGCAGUAAACUGAUGGACUAUGCAAGGAACGUUCAUGAGGAGUUCUAAAACUGCUCCCGCUGUUCACCCAGAUGAACCACCCCACCCUUUUAGCUGAAGAAGCUUUAGUCACAGGGACAUCUCUCAGUCUGAUGAGAGAAUAUACACCAGUAUUGCUGCUACUCUACCUGUGUAUUUCUAGUGUGCAGUAUUGAGUGGGGAGAUCGCGUUCCCUGCCAACUCACAACCUUCAUGGCAGAAUUUGCACAUAUGUCAUGGCUUUGAUUUUGCUUCUGUGAUGUGCUUCAUUCCAUUAGUGUAAUUCUAAGAAAUGCUUGCAGAGUCCACUCUUUUCUCUGCCGCUGAUCAUUCUGAAUGAACUUAAAAGAAAAAAAGACUAACCUGGAUAUGGCAUAUGCCAAGCCGUCCGUGUUAAGUGUAAUAUAUCAGAAGUCUUCACUGUCAAUGAGAACAUUUAUUUAUGUGUAAUGUUGAAUACAUAUGUAAGACAACAAACCUGUAAUUUGCAUAAUAUGCCCAGAUAUAUAUUUUUUUGUGUUGUAUAAAGAGUAUUUGUCCUUUU